AUGAAAUCAGUUGUAAAAUUAGUUGAAUUGAAUGCUAAGCGCUCAUACUAUAGCGUCGUAUCAAAGGAUGCUGCCACUAAAUACUCUGCAACCGUCAUCUUUUCACAUGGUCUAGGUGAUACCGGUGCAGGUUGGUCUGAUCUCAUGUUGGAUAUCAAAGAAGCUACCAACUCUGAACAUAUCAAGUUCAUUCUCCCAAAUGCACCAAUUCAACCAGUAACAAUCAAUAUGGGUUUUAAAAUGAACUCUUGGUAUGAUAUUAAGAGUUUGACAGACAGAGGUGAUGAAAACAAAGAAGAAGUAGAAGACUCUAGAUCAUAUAUUGAAUCAUUAAUCAAGAGUGAGAUUGAUAGUGGUAUACCAUCAGAAAGAAUUAUGAUUGCAGGUUUCUCACAAGGUGCAGCAUUGUCAUUGUACACAUUCUACACCACCUCUUACAAAUUGAAUGGAUGUAUGGUAUUGAGUGGAUAUCUUCCACUGUCAAAGAGAUUCAAGGAAUUGAUUCAACCAACCAACUUGCAACAACCAUUGAUCAUGUUCCACGGUGAAGACGAUCAAGUCGUCAGACACCAAUGGGGUAAAAAGUCAUAUGAAGCUCUCCAAGAGGCAUCAAACAAUGGUAUCAAUGGCAAAUUCAUUAGUUUCCCAUACAUGGGUCAUUCCUCAUCACCAGAGGAAAUCAAAGAAAUGGCUACUUUUAUUAAAGAAAGAUUACCAAAGAAUUAA